UGCGAAUCUCUGCUUAUACCCUCUCCAGUCCCCUCCGCUCCCAGAUCCGCUUCCCCGGCGAUCUCUCUAGUCUCUCCUCGUCGUCCUCUUCUUAACUCGUCUUCUUCUUCUUCUUCUCCGACGCUCAUGGGAUCGCACGGCUCAGAAGCGGGAGCGGAGGCGGGGUCGAGCUUCCUGUCGGACAAGUCGGCGAAGGUGUUCGUGGCGGGGCACGGGGGCCUGGUGGGGUCGGCGGUGCAGCGGCGCCUCGUCUCCCUGGGCUUCACGAACCUCCUCGUCCGCCGCCGCUCGGAGCUCGACCUCACCUCCCAGCCCGCCGUCGACGCCUUCUUCCUCCUGGAGCGGCCCCGCUACGUGAUCCUCGCGGCCGCCAAGGUCGGCGGCAUCGUCGCCAACUCCGCCCUCCCCGCCGACUUCAUCGCCGACAACCUCCUCAUCCAGACGAACGUCGUCCGCGCCGCCCACCUCGCCGGCUCCGUCCGCAAGCUCCUCUUCCUCGGCUCCUCCUGCAUCUACCCCAAGUUCGCCCCCCAGCCCAUCCCGGAGUCCGCCCUCCUCUCCGGGCCCCUCGAGCCCACCAACCAGUGGUACGCCGUCGCCAAGAUCGCCGGCGUCAAGCUCUGCCAGGCCUUCCGCCUCCAGCACGGCCUCGACGCCGUCUCCGCCAUGCCCACCAACCUCUACGGCCCCCGCGACAACUUCCACCCCGACCACUCCCACGUCCUCCCCGCCCUCCUCCGCCGCUUCCACCUCGCCAAGCUCGCCGCCGCCCCCCGCGUCGUCGUCUGGGGCUCCGGCGCCCCGCUCCGCGAGUUCCUCCACGUCGACGACCUCGCCGACGCCCUCGUCUUCCUCAUGGACCGCUACUCCGACCUCGACCACGUCAACGUCGGCAGCGGCGCCGAGAUCUCCAUCCGCGACCUCGCCGAGAUGGUCCGCGACGUCGUCGGCUUCCGGGGCGAGAUCGUCUGGGACGCCUCCAAGCCCGACGGCACCCCGCGCAAGCUCAUGGACAGCUCCAAGAUCGCCGCCAUGGGCUGGAAGCCCAAGAUCGCCCUCCGCGACGGCCUCGUCGAGACCUACAAGUGGUACGUCGAGAACGCCGCCGCCGACCACCAUUCGCAGUCGCAGUCGCAGUCGCAGUCGCAGUCGCAGUCGCAGUCGCAACCUCAGUGAAGGUAUACGAAAUUGUGAUGCUUGCCGUUCCUCAUUGUUGUUCUCAUUGUUGUUCUCAUUGUUGUUCUCAUUGUUGUUUUAAUACCAUUCCUUGUAUACUUAACCUUACUUUGAGGGUCGGAAUUAGUCCUGAAUAACUCCUUGCUCCGACAGUGGUUCUGUAGUGUUGCUUAAGUUGCGUCUCGAAUUUAUUUAAUGAAAAUGAGACACUUUUGAAUAAUCCCUGGAAUAAAUUUGAUACCCGUACUUGCUUACA